UGCUGUAGACUUGCGUUGCUCUGUGCCCGCCAUCCCUCCGCAGCCAGGCAGACCGCAGAAACUGACAAGAGUAGCCGACUGACGAAGGGCUGAGCCAAGAUGGGACGAGACAUCUGGUACGACAGAGCCAGCACAACAACAGGAAGUCUGGUGUAGAAGCUGAACCAGAAGAGAGCCCAGGCAGCAGUAGUAGCAGCGACAGCAGUGGUGGGGCGGUAGAUGCCCUCCCCUCAGCCCCAGGCCCAGUUCCUCCCCAGGCCCCUGUAGGAGAGCAGAGAGAGGACAGAUCCUGCCCUGACAGCUCUGUAGACUCCAGCGAGGAAGAGGAGGACAAAGAGGAGGACCCUGCCAUGUUCUCUAACUUUCUAAGCGGGGCCAACCCCCUCAGCUCUGUCUCCUCUGCUGUCAGAGGAGGUCUUUUUGGGGACAAUGGGGAGGUUGACAAACAGAAAGCAGGCCCUCAGCAUCCUGGGUCAGUUCCUGGCCCUGGGAAUGCCCCACAGCAGCAGCAGGGAGGACCCCAGCUGCAGGGGAACGGUCAGGCUGGUCAACCAGCCAAACCUAGCGUGCAGAAAGCCCCCGCUAAGGGUGAACCACAACAGCAAGGACCUCCUAAGGGUGGUCCACAACAGCAAGGACCUCCUAAGGGUGGUCCACAACAGCAAGCCCCUCAACAGCAAGGACCUAGAAAAGGUGGACCACAACAACAAGCCCCCCAACAGCAAACCCCUGCUAGGGGUGGACCACAACAGCAAGCACCUGAUAAAGGUGGACCGCAACAACAAGGGUCACCUAAGGUUGGCACUCAGCCACAAGUGUCCCCUAAGGGUGGACCACAACAGCAAGGACCUGCUAAAGAUGGACCCCAACAGCAAGGGUCACCUAAAGUUGGAGUUCUGCCACAAAAUCCUAAGGGACCACAACAGCAAGGACCUGCUAAGGGUGGACCCCAACAGCAAGGGUCCCCUAAGGUUGGAGCUCAGCCACAAGGGUCGCCUAAAGUUGGAGCUCAGCCACAAGGGUCCCCUAAGAUUGGCACUCAGCAGCAUGGUUCCCCUAGGACUACACCACAGCAGCAGGGUUCCCCUAGGACUACACCACAGCAGCAGGGUUCCCCUAGGACUACACCACAGCAGCAGGGUUCCCCUAGGACUACACCACAGCAGCAGGGUUCCCCUAGGACUACACCACAGCAGCAGGGUUCCCCUAGGACUAUAGCACAGCAGCAAGCCGCUGGUAAAGCUGGGCAUCAGUUUAAAGCCGGACCUAUGGCUGGAGCUAAACCCCUGUGCCCAGUGUGUAACACUACCGGACUCAACCUACACUCAAAGGAGCCACCCAACUAUAACACCUGCACACAGUGUAAGACUGUCGUCUGCAGCUUCUGUGGCUUCAGUCCUCCUGACUCUGGCGGUAAGGAGUGGCUGUGUCUGACCUGCCAGAUGCAAAGAGCACUCGGAGGCUCUGACCCACCUGGAACCCCAAAGAUGAAACCCCAGCCUUCACCCAACAAAGCCUCUAUAUCUCCUGCACCACAGAAGAAAGACACCUCUACACAAGGCUCCAUCCAGAAAAACCCUAUUACAUCAGCAACACAGCCACCCAAGGCAGAGACUGCUAAAGCAGCAGACCCUCAGACAUCGGCUAGCCCAGUACCUGCCCAGAAUGCACCACAGGAGAACCGGAGAACAUCAGGGCCUCAGAAACCGCCAGAGCAGCCAGGCCAACCUGGGCAUAAGCAGAGUAAUGCCACCCCAUGCACACAGGAGGAGCCUGGGAAGCCUCAGCAAGAGCUUCCAAAGGAUGGAGCCUCUCCUGCCAACGUUGUGCCACAGCUACAUGCUCAGGCCCCCAAACAAGAGUCAGGGGGCUUCUUUGGCUUUGGUGGUCCUAAGUCUCAGCCUGCUUCCUCAAAGGCUGAAGAUUCAGUGUCUGGUAAGAUGUUUGGCUUUGGCUCCUCCAUCUUCAGCUCUGCAUCCACUUUGAUCACCUCAGCUGUUCAGGAUGAGCCCCACACCACACCACCAGGUUCCCCGAAGGUGUCUGCAGCAGCCCAGGCCUCUCCCAAGAUGCCUCCUACGAAGGAGACCAAACCACCUGCUGUUCAGAAAGCAGAGGAGAAGAAAGCAGAGCAACCCCAGCAGGCCAAGGUCCCCCCAUCAGUACAGGUCAACGUGGACAAACCCCCAUCAGAGCCUCGAAAGGGAACAGCAUCCUACCAACCAUCUCCCAAAGCAGGCCAGUCCACCUGUCCACUCUGCAAGGUGGAACUCAACAUGGGCUCCAAGGACCCUCCCAACUACAACACCUGCACCGAAUGCAAGAACACUGUCUGCAACCUCUGUGGUUUCAACCCCAUGACAAAUGUUACUGAGGUGAAGGAGUGGCUGUGUCUGAACUGCCAGAUGAAGAGAAUGGAACCCACAGGACCUCCCAUGAUGAAACCCCAACCUUCUCCAAACAAAGGUUCUGCACCUCAGAAGGCCACUGUCACACCCAUCGCUACCCAAAAGAAAGACAUUCCAACACCAGGCUCCCCCCAGAGAAAACCUUCUACAUCAGCAACAGAGCCACUCAAGGCAGAUGCUGCUAGAACAGCAGACCUUCAGAAACCAGCCAGCCCAGCACCUGUUCAGAAGGCACCACAGGAGAACCGGAGAACAUCUGGGCCUCAGAAACCACCAGAUCAGCCAGGGCAACCUGGGCAUGAGCGGAACAAUGCCACCCUGUCACAGCAGGUGCCUGGGAAGCCUCAGCAAGAGCCUCCAAAAGGUGGGACAUCUCCUGCCAAAGCUGUGCCAACACUACAGGCCAAGCCCCCCAAGCAGGAGGCAGGGGGCUUCUUUGGUGGCUUUGGUGGUCCUAAAUCUCAGAUUUCCUCAAAGCCUGAAGAUUCAGUGUCUGGGAAGGUGUUUGGCUUUGGCUCCUCCAUCUUCAGCUCUGCAUCCACUUUGAUCACCUCAGCUGUUCAGGAUGAGCCCCACACCACACCACCAGGUUCCCCGAAGGUGUCUGCAGCAGCCCAGGCCUCUCCCAAGAUGCUCCCUACAAAGAAGACCAAACCACCUGCUGCUCAGAAAGCAGAGGAGAAGAAAGCAGAGCAACCCCAGCAGGCCAAGGUCCCCCCAUCAGUACAGGUCAACGUGGACAAACCCCCAUCAGAGCCUCCAAAGGGAACAGCAUCCUACCAACCAUCUCCCAAAGCAGGCCAGUCCACCUGUCCACUCUGCAAGGUGGAACUCAAUAUGGGCUCCAGGGACCCUCCCAACUACAACACCUGCACCGAAUGCAAGAACACUGUCUGCAACCUCUGUGGAUUCAACCCCAUGCCACAUGUUACUGAGGUGAAUGUGUGGCUGUGUCUGAACUGCCAGAUGCACAGAGCACUUGGAGGAAUGGAACCUCAUGGACCUACCAUGAUGAAACCCAAGCCUUCCCCCAACAAAGUCUCUGCUCCUGCUGCUCCUCAAACGAGAGACACACCAACAGCAUCUGGUCCCCAAAAAGUGGCCACUACACCAGCCUCACCCAAAAAGGAGUCAGUGACUCCAGCCUCUCAGCCUGUCCCCUCAAAACCUGAAGAGUCAGUGUCUGGGAAGAUGUUUGGCUUUGGUUCCUCCAUCUUCAGCUCUGCAUCCACUUUGAUCACUUCGGCUGUUAAGGAUGAGCCCCACACCACACCGCCAGCUUCUCUCAAGGUGUCUGCACCCUUUUCGCUUCAAAAGCAGGAGACUCACACACCAACUGGUGCCCAAAAAGGUGCACCAACACCAGUGUCACCCAAAAAAGAGGCUCAAACACCAGCCAUAGCCCCAAAGAAAGACACCCCAAUGCCAGCCUCCCCCCAGAGAAAGCCAGACUCCCCCACAAUGACUGCAAAGCAGGACCAGAAACAUUCAAGUCCUUUAAAACCAGGAGACCCAUCAGGGGCUAAGCAGGGGAGUGCUGCACAACCACAGCAGCAGCCCCUACAGCAGAAGACUCCACAAGUCCAGCCUCAGCAGACCCCAGUAAGUGCACUGAAAGCAGAACCUGUGAAGCCUCAGCAGACCCCAGCAAGUGCACUGAAAGCAGAACCUGUGAAGCCUCAGCAGACCCCAGCAAGUGCACUGAAAGCAGAACCUGUGAAGCCUCAGCAACAGCCUCCUAAAGUUGGGACCUCUCCAGGACCGGCUCAGAAGAAACCACAGGAAAACCGGAGAACAUCAGAAGUUCAGAAACCACCACAGCAGCCCAGCCCUGGGCGUAGGCAGAGUAUUGCCAUUCCGUCCACACAGCAACCCCCCAAGCAGGAGUCAGGAGGCUUCUUUGGCUUUGGUGGUCCCAAAUCUCAGUCUACCCCCUCAAAGCCUGAAGAUUCAGUGUCUGGGAAGAUGUUUGGCUUUGGCUCCUCCAUCUUCAGCUCUGCAUCCACUUUGAUCACCUCAGCUGUUCAGGAUGAGCCCCACACCACUCUGCCAGCUUCCCCCAUGGUGUCUGCACCGGCCUCUCCCAAGAUGCCCCCUGCAAAGGAGACCAAACCACCUGCUGUUCAGAAUGCAGAGGAGAAGAAAGCAGAGCAACCCCAACAGGCCAAGGUCCCCACAUUAUUACAGGCCAACAUGGACAAACCCCCAUCAGAGCCUCCAAAGGGAGCAGCAUCUUCCCAACCAGCUCUCAAAGCAGGCCAGUCCACCUGUCCACUAUGUAAGAUGGAACUCAACAUGGGCUCCAAGGACCCUCCCAACUACAACACCUGUACCGAAUGCAAGAACACUGUCUGCAACCUCUGUGGAUUUAACCCCAUGCCAAGCGUUACUGAGAUGAAGGAGUGGCUGUGUCUGAACUGCCAGAUGCAGAGAGCUCUUGGAGGAAUUGAACCCCCAGAACCCUUCAUGAUGAAACUGUAUCCCAACAAAGUUUUUGCACCUCAAACAGUCACUGUGACACCUAUUGCAGCUCAAAAGGACAUUGCAACACGUGCUGCAUCUGUGAAGACAGACAGUCCAAUCCCAAGCUCCCCUCAAAGGAAACCAGUUCCCCCUGCAGCUGAUAUAUCAAAAGCUGAAGCUACUAAAGGAGCAGGUACUCAAAUUCCAGCAGGCCCAGCUCAGAUGGCAUCACAAGGGAACCGGAGAGCUUCAGAACCUCAGAAACCAACACAGCAUCCCAGCCAGCCUGGGCGUAGGGAGAGUAGUGCCAUCUCAGACACACAGCAACACCCCAAGCAGGAGUCAGGAGGCUUCUUUGGCUUUGGUGGUACCACAUCUCAGUCUACCCCCUCAAAGGCUGAAGAGUCAGUGUCUGGUAAGAUGUUUGGCUUUGGCUCCUCCAUCUUCAGCUCUGCAUCCACUUUGAUCACCUCAGCUGUUCAGGAUGAGCCCCACACCACACCGCCAGGUUCCCCGAAGGUGUCUGCACUGGCCUUUCACAAGUUGCCCCCUGCAAAGGAGACCAAACCACCUGCUACCGAGAGAGCAGAGGAAUCAAAAGCAGAGCAAUCCCAGCAGGCCAAGGUCCCCCCAUCAGUACAGGCUAAAGUUGACCAACCCUCAUCAGGGCCUCCAAAAGGAGUAGUAUCCUCCCAACCAGCUCUCAAAGCAGGCCAGUCCACCUGUCCACUCUGCAAGGUGGACCUCAACAUUAACUCCAAGGACCCUCCCAACUACAACACCUGUACCGAAUGCAAGAACACUGUCUGCAACCUCUGUGGAUUUAACCCAAUGCCACAUGUUACUGAGGUGAAGGAAUGGCUGUGUCUGAACUGCCAGAUGCAGAGAGCUCUUGGGGGAAUGGAACCCCCAGAACCCCUCAUGAUGAAACCCCAACCCUUACUCAAAAAGGUUUCUACACCUGUUGCACCUCAAAAGGAGCCUCCGGCAACUCAAAAGGUAAAGGAGACUGCGAUACCUGCUGUAGAUCAGAAGAAGGCCGCCUCCACACUCCAAAAAGAAGAGACAACCACUCUUGCUGCACCACAAAAGGAGACUCCAUUACCAGCCUCAUCCAAAAUGGGGGAGACACCAGUUACAGCUUUAAAGCAGGACACUCCAACACCAGAUUCACCACAAAAUAAAAAAUAUCCUACACCACUAGGUGUGUCUGUAACAGAUGAGGUCCCAACCACAGCUUUGCCUGCCAAGAAGGACAUUUAUGCCUCAGCCCUUAUCAAGGAGGAACCAACUUCUGCCUCCCCUCUCAUCAAGGAGGUCACUGGUUCACCUCUCACUAAGGGGGCACCAGCCUCACCUCAAAAUAAUAAGGAACAUAUACUACCAGGGUCACAAAACAGAAAGGUGUCCCCAACACCAGGUUCAACCCAAGAUAACUAUGCUGUACAAUCAGGUUUACCUCUGAAGAAGGAAGCACCAUUUUCAUCAGCAGUAGAGACUAAAGCGGUCCAACUUCCAGCUGCAGUUAUAAGCAAUGAGGCACCUGUUCCAGAUUCACUCAAAACAAAUGAGACAACAACACUUGGCUCCGCAAUGAAAAAAGAGUGUUCAUCUACUGAGAUCUCAAUUGACAACCAGAAACCUGCAAUUGUUCAAAGGUCGAUGGAGCCACCAGCCACACCUACAAACAAGCAGAAUGAGGUUGUUCAACCCUUACAGCAGCCAGAAAAGAAAAUGCCUGCUGCACAGCCUCUGGCACAAGUACAGCCCCAGGAAGCUCUAAAGCCAGACCCCAAAAUCACUCCCCCAAAGCAGGAGCUUGGGAAACCAGCCAGUUCAGCACCUGCUCAGAAGGCACUAGAGAACCGGAGAACAUCAGAACCUCAGACACCAGCACAGCAGCCCAGCCAGAGUAGUGCCAUCCCAUCCACACAGCAACCCCCCAAGCAGGAGUCAGGAGGCUUAUUUGGCUUUGGUGGUCCCAAAUCUCAGUCUACCCCCUCAAAGCCUGAAGAGUCCGUGUCGGGUAAGAUGUUUGGCUUUGGCUCCUCCAUCUUCAGCUCUGCAUCCACUUUGAUCACCUCAGCUGUUCAGGAUGAGCCCCACACCACUCUGCCAGCUUCCCCCAUGGUGUCUGCACCGGCCUCUCCCAAGAUGCCCCCUGCAAAGGAGAACAAACCACCUGCUGUUCAGAAUGCAGAGGAGAAGAAAGCAGAGCAACCCCAGCAGGCCAAGGUCCCCACAUUAUUACAGGCCAACGUGGAAAAACCCCCAUCAGAGCCUCCAAUCGGAGAAGCAUCCUCCCAACCAUCCGCCAAAGCAGGCCAGUCCACCUGUCCACUCUGCAAGGUGGACCUCAACAUGGGCUCCAAGGACCCUCCCAACUACAACACCUGUACCGAAUGCAAGAACACUGUCUGCAACCUCUGUGGAUUCAACCCCAUGCCACAUGAAACAGAGGUAAAGGAAUGGCUGUGUCUGAACUGCCAGAUGCAGAGAGCUCUUGGAGGAAUGGAACCCCCAGGACCGCCGAUGAUUAAAUCCCAACCCUUGCCAAGCAAAGUCUCCACACCUGCUGCAUCUCUAAAGCUGACCCCAGCACCAGCUAAACCCCAAAAGGAGGAGAUUCCAGCACCUGCGGCUGCCCAAAAAGAGAUUCCUCCACCGACUGUACCUCAGGAGACACUAAUACCGGCUAAACCCCAUCAACAGCUGCAGUCAAAAAGGAGGAGACCCCAGCACCAGGAUCCCCACAAAACAAACCUGCUCCACCUGCUGUGGCUGCAAAGGACAAACAGGAACCUAAUUGUUCAGAAACCAGUGGACCAAACAAUUCCAGUGACACCCAUACCAAGUGGUGCUGCUACACCUGCACAACAGCCAGAAAAGCAAACUCCUCCACUGCAACAGCCUGAUGCUAAGCCCCCACCACAACUACAGCCCCAGCAAGUUCCAAAGAUAGACCCCAAAACUGAUCCCCUAAAGCAGGAGCCUGAAAAGCCUCAACAACAGCUUCCAAAAGGUGGAACCUCUCCUGCCAAAGCUGUAUCACAACCACAGGCCAAGCCCCCAAAGCAGUCAGUGGGUUUCUUUGGCUUUGGCGGUGCUAAAUCUCAGCCUGCUCAGUCAAAGCCUGAAGAGUCAGUGUCUGGGAAGAUGUUUGGCUUUGGAUCCUCCAUCUUCAGCUCUGCAUCCACUUUGAUCACCUCAGCUGUUCAGGACGAGCCCCACACCACUCUGCCAGCUUCCCCCAUGGUGUCUGCACCGGCCUCUCCCAAGAUGCCCCCUGCAAAGGAGACCAAACCACCUGCUGUUCAGAAUGCAGAGGAGAAGAAAGCAGAGCAACCCCAACAGGCCAAGGUCCCCACAUUAUUACAGGCCAAAGUGGACCAACCCCCAUUAGAACCUCCAAAGGGAGCAGCAUCCUCCCAACCAGCUCUCAAAGCAGGCCAGUCCACCUGUCCACUCUGCAAGGUGGAACUCAACAAGGGCUCCAAGGACCCUCCCAACUACAACACCUGCACCGAAUGCAAGAACACUGUCUGCAACCUCUGUGGAUUUAACCCCAUGCCACAUGAAACAGAGGAAUGGCUGUGUCUGAACUGCCAGACACAGAGAGCUCUGUCGGGUCAGCUGGGAGACAAGGGGAUGAUGGCCCAGCCACAACUCACAAUGACUGGUUUCCAGCCCACACCACAGCCUGUAGCCACAUCCACCAGGACAGAGCCCCUGUUUCCAGCAGCAACCACAACCGAGGACCCGGCUGUUCCUCUCAUGUCAGAGCCCAUUCCACCUACACUAACACCUGCUCUUGCACAAAAGGAGCUGGAGCCAACGGUGAAAGUCUCUGAGGCUGAAGCUCCCAAUGUGGUCGCAAAGGCUGAGGCUCCAAAGACAGAAGUUCUCAAGGUGAAGAUCGCCAAGACAGAAGCACCAAAAAUGGAGUCUUCUGUGGCAGAAGUUCCUACAAAAGAGCUGCCCAAACCAGUGCCACCUAAAUCUGAACCACCCAAGACUCCAGUGGUAGCUGCUCCUGUUGUCUCUGUCCCAAUGACUGAGGCCAUGACUGCUCCUGCUCCUCUACCCACCACAGUCGCUACUGCCAUUGCUGUCACUUCAGCCACUGCGAAGGCUAAGGCUCAACCAGCAGAGCUACCUAAACCAGCAGAGGAGAAGGUUGAGAAGCCAGCAGAGAAGCCACUGAAACCAGUACCUGUCACAGUGCCUGAGAGGGUAACUACACAACCAGUCCCAACAGCUGAUACUAUCAAGAAAGAGGCCGCUCCAUUGGUUGAAAAGGUGGAUGAUGUCCUUCCUGAACCUCAGCAGAUUCUCACUGAGAAGGAGACUGUGGAGGAGGAGAAAGAGUCAACUGCAGACUCCCUCCUAGCAGACCAGGUAGUAGUUGAGGUACCGUCCAGCCCAGCCAGUCCAUUUGAGGCUGACACCAAGACUGAGGACCAUAGUAUCAAGUCCCAGGAUGGACCAUAUAUACUUCCUAUCUCACAGGGCUCCUACAGCUCAGAGGAAAAGCUGAAAGAGUUGCAGACAGACAGAAAUGUCCCUAUGAUUGACACGACCGCUGACACAGCCAUGCCUUCCAAGGAAGAGGUGAAUGUGGAGAAGAGGCGUCUGAAUUAUGUACAGAUGGAGGAGAGCAGUGGGAGCGAACCCUCUCCCUCGCCCCAGGUCCAGAGACGGAGGUUAAGUGCGAUAGCAGUCAGCACGGCAGCCUCAUCCAGUAGCGAGGACUACAAAGCAGACAGCCCAGACUCAUCUGUGGAUGAGGAGGAGUUCAUCCGCAGGCAGAUCAUGGGGAUGACAGGAGAGGAGGAGAUGUUUCUCUCAGAGGAGGAAAAAGAUGAGAAAGAGAGCAGAGAGGAGGAGGCUGAGGUGGAUAACGAAUCAGGCAAAUCCAAACUUCUGCUAAAGAAAGGCAUUAUGGAUAAUGAAGACAGCCCAGCCAGGAGACCAUCUCUUCCAGGAUCUGAGGCUAAAACCACUGCAGAUAGGUCUGAGCUCACCACCACUGUGUUUAAGAAAGACAUGACGUUACAGAGAACAAAGAGCACAGAUUAUGGAGAUGCUGAGGUGGAGAGCAUCACAGAGUCUCUGGAGGACAAAUCCAAAGGUGAGGGGUCAUCCAGUGUCCAGGUGUCCAGCUUCACCCCUGGAACCUCCCCCACCUCAGCCUCUUCUCUGGAGGAGGACAGCGACAGCAGCCCCAGCCACAAGAGGAGUGGGGAGGGGAAACAGCACCGCAAGGCCAAGCACAGGCAGGCAGGCCAGUCCCUUCCCACCAUCGAGGACUCGUCAGAAGAGGAGGAACUCAGGGAGGAAGAAGAUCACCUCAGGGAGCAGGAGAAACAGGAGUCAGACCAGCAGCAGGGGAAGAGGAGCUCCAAGAAGUCCAAGAGGGAUAAAGACGAACUACAGACUCAGAGGAAAUGGGAUAAGCCUGUAACCUCGCCCAGUAACCUGUCUCCUAUUGAAAACGCCUCGCCCACUGUGGAGAUGAGGCAGGCUAGAGAGAUGGAAGUGUUUCACAAGUCCUCAGGCUCUGACUAUUCUCCUAGCAUGGAGUCUGAUUCAGAGGCGUUUCACACAGAGGCCAAGAUAGCUGUCCCAAAAGGACAGAAGUUCAGUACUGCAGAGCCACUAAAGAAUGCAGAGGAUGUAUAUGAGGAGAUGCUUCAGAAAGCUAGAUCUCCUAAAGGAGAGACAGAGCCCAUCCCUGAGAUAGAGCCACUCUACGGAGGCAUGUCCAUAGAGGACUACCUCUAUGAGUCCCUAGUGGAGGAGCCUGAAGCUAAACCUAGUUCAGCCCUACCGGAGCAGCUCAGUAAAGACCAUGCUACAGAGCCAGGGAAGAAAAGUUUAAGAUCUCCUGAAGAGGUGUAUGAGGAGAUGAUGCUGAAGAAGAAGGAACUGAUGUUGAUAGAGCAGGAGUUUCAGAAGGUUCAGUCAGCGAUGGACACUCCAACUCCAGAAAUACAUGUGACUGCACCAUCCAGUGCUGCAGCUGAGAGCUGCAAAGUUGGUGAGGCAGAGGGAGAAAAGCCUAUGUUAGAUGCGGAUUCUACCUACGUUAAGAGGAAGAAACGUCCUGCUCCACCACGACCCUCUGAACCUCCUAAACGGCCCGAGGUAUACGUUGCCAAGGCAACAGUUCCUCAGGAUAUGACUAUGAGGAGGGCUCUUUUCCCCAUACCGGAUUUGAAGAUCACCCAGUGUUCCUCUGGAGAGGAUGAGACGGAUGAUAGUAUAAUAGAGGAGUAUGGAGUGGGAGUGUCCUCUGAUAUUACCCCUAGCGAUGAGUCUGAGACUAAAGAACAGGUAGAGUCCCCUCCAGUUUCAGAACAUAAACCAAUAACAGAGGCAGCUGAGAUUGAACCCAUCAUUUUAGUGUGUGAGGUUCCCCAGGCAAGAGCUACUCCAGCUCCUGCCCCUGAGACAGUUCUAGCCACCAGUACAACCACCACAACAUCACCAAUCUCUCCAGUAUCACCUCCCACCUCACCAGCAACUCCAGACUCAAGUCUAGCCUCCAAUGCUACUUCCUCCUCCUCUUUCCAAGCUCCAAGUCCACUCUCCUCUGACUCUACUCCAGUGUCCACUCCAACACCAGACCUGGCCAAAGCUGCAGCUCCCUUCGCAGCUCAGCUGCCUGCUGAUAUCUCCCCUCCUUCUAUUGCUCCCAUUAUGGCUGUUUCUCCAACCACAGUUUUGGUCACAAUUCCAGAUGUGGUGACAGAUCCAACCCAAGCACCAACACCAGCUACAACUACAGUCCAUGCUUCUGCUCCACUAGCUCAACCCCAAGCCUCAGUCCCUGCCUCAGUGGUGGUGCACAUACCUGAUCCGGUUGUAAUCCAAAUGCCAGACCUGGUUACAUCUCCAUCCCAGAUGUCUGUUCAGGGUCCACCUUCUGUACAGGUCACAGCACCAACUCCAGUACCAAGCCCAGUACCUUCUGAAGCCACAUCUCCGGUCCCAGCUGCUCCCAGUGCAAUGUCAACUUCGGCUACAGUCUCUGCUCCAACUCCAGCCCCAGCUCCAGUUGUAGUCCAAAUGCCAGACCUGGUUACCAUCACCUCUUCAGUUUCACCCCAAGCCCCACUACCUGUGACAUCCUCAGCCCCUGCCCAGGCUACAGUGGUGCAUUCAGUCCCUGUCCAGACUGCUGCCCCACCUCCAACCCCAGUAGUAGUCCCAGCCAUAGGGACACGCCGAAUUCAGAGACAAGCCUCCACCAAAAAAGCCCCACCUCCUCCUCCACCUAGGUCUACAUCUGUCUCCCUGCCCCAAACCUCAGCAGAGCCUACCUCUAUCAGGGCCAUCCAUAAUGUCUCCCCGACCGUGACUACCACAAUAGCCAAGGGAGCAGCUUUGCCUGUGGUGGUGAAUGUACAGUCGCUAGUGGAGGAUGUCCGGCCAGAAGGUGUUGCUGGCUCUCAGGUUAUGAUGACCCCAACCAGACAGGGGCAUGUGGUCAUCAUAGUUCCCAAUGUGGAGAACAUGUCAGUCCUCAGCCAGACAACCCAAGACCUUGUGGCAAACUCAGUUGCAAUAACUACCACCUCUGCUGUGGUUGAUGGCAGUAGUCAGAUAGCAGCAAGGCCUGUGGUUGUCAGUGUUGAUCCUUUCUAUACUGCUCCCUCUGUUCCUGCUGUACACAGCUCAGACACAUAUAUACCUUUGGCAGAUACCCCAACACCUCCUUUGCCUCCUCCACCACCCCCUGCCACCUUACUAAAGCCAGCUGUUUAUCCCAAAAAGCCUUCCAUUUCCAUCCCACCUUCAAUCCCAACAUCAGUGCCAGUCUCAGCUGCUUUGACAAUGGCACAGGCAACUGUAACAACCCCAGACCCCAGUCCAGUACACAAGGCCCCUGCACUCCCUGCACCCCCUCCAGUCCCCCCCAAGCCUGUGUCCAUCCCUGCAGGGCUGGUGUUCAGCCACCGACCAGGGGAGAGUGUCAAACCUCCAGUGUAUCCCACUGCCAGCCACACACUUCCCACGACCAGAGAAGUGGUUCCGAAAGCCAGCUCAGCAGAGCCAUUCACAGCCACAACACUGCCCAGGACCAGAGAACCUCCCAAUGCCCUGUCUCUGAGUCUGACCACCCCAGUGGAAUCCAAGAUGAGUGCUACCUCACCCAGGUCCCCUCUUUCUCCAAGGAACGCCAAGUGUCUGGAGACGUAUGUUGUGAUAACUCUGCCCUCAGAGCCUGGCACACCCACAGAGGGAAUCACUGUCCAAGCCCCCAUCAGAAGAGGGUCCAUCCUCCCCUCUAAGCAGACAGGCCCGGGGGUUAGGACCACACCGUCAGAACAGCAGUCACCCAUUGAGGCCUUGUCAGCCCAGUACAAUGUCAGGAGAGCAUCAGUUCCCUCAUUGAGGCAGCCACCACCACCACCAGCAGCAAUAGGACCAGUCGAAGUAGCAGCACCCCUAGAGGGAGUCACUGUUCUAGCAACAGCAAGACGGCCUUCCAUACCAUCAGAUAUGCAGCCUCCAUACGGUAUGGCUGAGGUGGUGACAGUUUCAGCUGGGUCUGAGAUGCCUAUUCAGGUACACAAUGUCCCAGCUCCAAUCAAGAAACCGUAUAAACCUCCAACAGCCAAGCCACCGCAGACAGUGUCUGUGGUUAUGACGAUGCCAUCAGAGCCACGGGUUCCUGUAGAAGUGUCUGCAACUCAAGCCUCUGGUAGAAGGGCAUCAAUACCUGCUGUACCUCAGCAGCCACAAUAUGUGGCUGAAGUAAUGGCUUUACCAGCAGAGCUGGACAUAACUACAGAGGUCAUUUCAAUUGAGGCCAUGUCUGGAAGAGCAACAAGACCAUCAGAAAUGCAGCAACCACAAACCAUGGCAGAGGUAAUGCCAUUACAGCAGGAAAUACCAACGGGAGCUAUGGCCACCCAAAUCCAUGUAGAAGCUACACCCUCAACCAUGCAUCAGUCACCAUCUCUGAUAGAGGUGGUUUCAACUGAGGCUGUCUUUAGAAGAGCAUCAAUACCAUUGGAAAUGCAGCAACCACAAACCAUGGCAGAGGUAAUGUCAUUACAGCAGGACACACCAUCAAUACGAUCAUCUGCACCACAACCACAAGGAGUGUCUGAAGGAAUGACUUUUCCUUCAGAGUAUGAAAUGCCUACGGAGGUUAUAACAACUGAGGCCACUACCACUAGAAGGACAUUCACAUCCUCUGUAGCACAACAACCAUACACAUUUGCUGAAGUAAUGACUUACCCAUCAGAGUAUGAAACACCCACCCAGGUGGUUACAACUGAGGCUAUUUCCACUACAAAAAGAGCGUCUAUAACCAUGCAGCAGCUUCUAACUAUGGCCCAGGUUAUCACAAUGCCUGCAGAAGCAGAGGUACCUCUAGAGGCAUAUGCUGCCCAAGUUCAAUACAGGAGAGAAUCCAUCCCCUCAGCAGUGCAACCACCACAGGCAGUAUCAGAGGUCCUGAGUUACUCAUCAGAGUAUGAGACCCCCCUGGAGGUCAUUACAACUGAAGCCUACACCAGGAGAAUGUCAGUUCCCUCUGGCCAGGAGGUUCCCCAGACUGUCCCCGUGGCUCCAGUCACCAUCACCAGGAAGUUCCACCAGGAGUCGAUAGAGAGCCAGGAAAUCCGUGGGCCAGAGAAGGUGGUGUCCAGCCUGAGCCACGUGUACUCCUCCUCUAUCUCCACCUCAGCCCAGCCCCCAGAGAGACUGCCCAGCUUGGUCACUCAGGUGGUCACCACUGAGGUUCAGAGAACCACUGUGUCUGUGGUUCAUGAGAGGCUGCCCCAGGCUCCUGCGUCAGACGCAUUGGCCAUCCUUAUCCAGCCAGACCUGGCUAAAGUCCAGCCCUCUCCCAAACAGAACGGGAAGAUCUACUCCGGUGAUGCCAUUGACCUCCGCACCAUUAAGGUCGGUGUAAAGAUGACCGAUUCAGGGAUGGACUUGACGCCUCAGGAAUCGAGUCGCCAGUCUGUCUGUAGCAACUCUAGUGGCCGACAUACGGCAGUGCAGCCAGAGAUAGUGAACCUGAGUGCUGAGAUCACCCCUUCCACCACAUUGGCUGUUGUCACUGAUAGCAUUACUAUUGUCACCUGUUCAGCCACCAUUGCCUCCUACACCAGCGAGCCAGAAGAAAAGCCUUUAGAUCUGCAGGGUUAUGUUGCCUCCAUGCCUCUCCCUCUUACCACAUACAAACCAUUCCAGCCUCUGGCACAGAUAGUGUAUAGGCGUGUAGACUGUCCACCUAUCGUCAGCACGGUGAUAGCCAGAGACACAGAGACACCAAUUAACCUGUCCUAUGGAGCCUCCCCAGUAGAUAGCAGGCUUCCAGUGACCAUGGCCCCAGCUGUCAGCAAUGGGGGAACCAUGCUCUCAGAGCUGGCUGGGGCCGUGGACCUGUCCACCUCCAGACCCCUUAGGGCCAUGGUGGCUCUGUCCGGCACCAGCCCAGGUGUGGUGACCACGGUUGUAGAGGAUGAUGGGACGCCCAUAGAUCUGACAGCUGGUAAAAAUGUGUGCUGUGACGUCAUCUACAAGCUACCCUUCACAGGGAGCUGUAGGACCCAGCCACCAGUUAUUACCCAGCCUGACAACCACUUCGGCUACAGAGAUGACCACUACCAGUAUGAUCAUGCUGGGGUCUAUGGAAUCAAGGUCUUGAAUGGCAAGGCCUUGUCUGAGACCAAUCUGGCUGAUGCAGGACUCUUCCUCUAUAAUGGAAAGACCGAAUAUGACUAUAAAGUCUUGGACAGUGCGGUAGACCUGACAGCUGGUAAUAUAUCCGCAGGUGAAGCUCUAGACUACACUAGUAAAGCUGCUGGGGCCUACACUGGGAUAUCCCCUGCUCCAUAUUCCCAGGUCCCUGCUUAUAGUGUCCUUAGAUCCUCAGACGGAAUGGUAUACUCCUCCAUAGCAGCCCCUGUUCCUUCUACAUAUGCCAUUACCACUCAGCCAGGGUCCAUCUUCAGCACCACCCUACCCCCUACCACCACCCUCCAGGAGCAGCCAGCCCAAGCUCCAUACCCCUAUGGCUUCAUCCCCACCACCGACUCUGGCAACCAGAUCAUCAGCCUGGGAACUGGCCUGCCCAAGGACCUGCUGCCCAGCGCUCUGGCUGACAUCAUGACUGGCUUCCCUGCACUGUACUCUGACCAGACCCUGGAGGCCAUCGCAGCCUCUCUGGAGGCCCUGGCCUCGUUGCCCAUGUUCCCCGGCCUGGAUGACAGCAAGAUCACUCAGUACCAGAUGGAGAGGGAGUUCCUGCAGCUGGAGAAGCUGAAGCAGCUGUGUCUGGCAGAGGAGCUGGAGUGGGAGAGGCAGGAGAUCCAACGCUACCGCGAGCAGGAGCAGAUCAUGGUGCAGAGGGAGCUGGAGGAGCUGCAGGCUCUGAAACAGAAGUUGUUAGUUCAACAAGAAGAGGAGCACCAGGCACACCUUGUAGCACAGCAGGAGACCUACAAUCAGCAGAGGGAACAGCUAGAGCAGAUCCAGCAGCUCCAGGUGCAGAUUCAGCACCAGCUAGAGGAGCACUACAGUACCACAGGAACCUCAGAUAACCUGCUAGAGGCACAGUAUGCAGGGGUGGGGGAUAACGGUCAGUACUGGCCUGUUAGGGAUGAGUCCACCACCUCAUCCACUGUCAUCCAGCUAGAAGGUGGGGUGCAGUAUGUGACCGGUGAGGGUCAGAGAGAGGUUGGAGGUCAGGACCAGCUGCAAUUCAGUAGGAAACAGUCGGCAGGGUCUAAGCAGCCUGGUGACCAGGGGUAUGGUACAGGGGUGGUAGGGAAGAGGAUAGUGGACAGUGGGGUCCAGACAGACGAUGAGGACUCGGUAGACAGAACGUAUGUGGGGAGGAGGAAGAGGAACAACAGGGGGAGGGGUGUAGACAGCAGUGUUCAGACUGAUGAUGAGGAGGACCAAGAGGAUGAGUGGGACAUGCCAACCAGGUCGCGGCGGCGCUCCCGCUCCAGCAAGCACAGCGGCGAGGGAAAACACAGUGGCUCUAAGGUCUCCAGCAUUGCCAUCCAGACUGUGGCAGAGAUCUCUGUCCAGACCGACCACUCUGGCAGCAUCAAAUGCCCCAGCAUCCAGAUGGACACUAAGGUGGAGAUCAUCAAACACAUCUCAGCCCCAGAGAACUCUCAGAGAGGAGGCAGCCUCAGCUGCCAGACAGACACAGACCGCAGGCGCCACUUGCCCGUAGAGGUGGGCUACAGCGCCUACCUGAAGGCAGACCUCGCCCCCAAGUCCCCCAAAGUGCUUUACUCUCCCGUGUCCCCCCUCUCCCCGAGUAAGGACAUGGAGGAAGGGCAGAAGAGGCUGACCACUGACCCAUCCAGGUUUUCCAAUGGGCCUAGGAUGCUGAAGCCUGGACCGAAGUCUCUGCCAGACCCCAAGUCUCUCAGCCCCACCACCGAGGACAGGAUAGGCUACCACUACACAGAAACCUACUCUGGCCAGGGCUCUCCAUCAGGCACUGGAAAGAAGGUGAAGAGGACCCUACCCAACCCUCCCCCGGAGGAUGACCCUCUGACUGGCCCAUCAGGCUACAGCGCCAACUCAGCGCGCCGACGUCUCGGCCGACACACCACAAUGGCCCGGGCCAAGAUCUUGCAGGACAUCGACAAGGAGCUGGACCUGGUGGAGAGAGAGUCAUCCAAGCUCCGCAGAAAACAGGCCGAGCUAGACGAGGAGGAGAAAGAGAUUGAUGCCAAGCUGAGGUACCUGGAGAUGGGCAUCAACCGUCGUAAGGAUGCCCUGCUGCAGGAGAGGGAGAAGAGGGAGAGGGCCUACCUGCAGGGUGUGGCUGAGGAGAGAGACUACAUGUCGGACAGUGAGGUCAGCAACAUCAGGGAGACCAGAGGGAACAGCCACGGCCUGGAGAGACCCAGGACAGCUCCACAGUCAGAGUUCGACCAGUUCAUUCCCCCUGAAACUGAGGCUGACUCCCAGUACUCCACUCUUACCAGUCCCUACUCCCACUACACCCAGUAUGUCCCCCAGACCCAGGCCAUCAGCCACUACCCCCAGCAGACCCUGUACCAGCAGCAGGCCCUCUACCAACAGCACCCCUACCAGAGUCAGUCAGUCUACUCCUCUGUGCCAAGCCUGUCCUACCCCCAGGCCUCCCACUCCCACCAGCAGGCCCAGUCCUCAGGCUACCAGUCCAAGAACACCACCAACUACGAGGUGAUCCGGAACCAGCCCAUGAUCAUCGUACCCUCCUCCAGCGAGGGGGGGUAUGGGGUGGGGAAGUACGGCAGCCUGGAACUGAGGAUGGGCCUGGAGGAGAGGAGCAUGGCCUCCAGCCCCAUGUCUAGUAUAUCUGCUGAGUCUUUCUACGCUGACAUCGACCACCACAAUGCCAGGAACUAUGUUCUGAUAGAGGACAUAGAGCAGCUGACUAAAGGAUCUACAACACUGGGCUCUGCAGGGCUGGGGUCAGGGUUCAGUCUGCCUGAUAAGGACCUGUCUAAGGCUGACAGGCUGCUCCGGGCCGCUGAGGCCAGGCGCACUGCAGAGGUUGCGGAGUUCCUUGGUAACUCGCGUCUGCACAGCUACGGUAAAGGAGAGGAGGACUCUAUGGAGGAGCCUUAUGAGCUGAAGCUCCUGAAGCAACAGAUAAAGCAGGAGUUUAGACGAGGGACAGAGGGUCUGGAGCACCUCUCAGGCCUGGGCAUGCCCCAGUACCUCCCCACUGACCCCAGCUACAGACACUUCCCUAAGGCUGACAAGUACAGCAUCAGCCGGCUGACCUUGGAGAAACAAGCUGCAAAGCAGCUCCCUACCGCCGUGCUUUACCAGAAACAGAUCAAGAACCAGAAGAAGGCAACCCUGAUGGACCCCAAGAUAACCAAGUUUUCCUCCAUCCAGGAGAGCAGAGACCUGGAGCCAGACUACAGCAGCUUCCUGGGCUCUGGAGCCUCGUCUGUCACCAACCUGUCCACGCGAGCCAGACUGCUCCAGGAUGAGAUCACCUUUGGCCUGAGGAAGAACCUGUCUGAGCAGCAGAAGUACCUGGACUCCUCCCUGGGAUCUAACCUGGCUGGCUCUCUGGGCCAGAACCUGGGCCAGUCCCUUGGCUUGGGGGGACCCACCAUGAGGACUACCCUACAGGACGACACCACCUACCCCAGCGGCACGCGCUCUCGCCCCUCCUCCCGCCCCAACUCCCGCCCCAACUCCCGUCCCACUUCCGUCUAUGGCCUGGAUCUGUCCAUCAAACGGGACCUUUCCAGCUCCUCUCUCAGGCUGAAGAUUGAGGGAGAAGCAUUGGACGCAGCGUUCGGCACGGGGAUGGCCAGGACCAAGCCCACCAGCCUGCCUAUAAGCCAGAGCCGCGGGCGCAUCCCCAUCGUGGCUCAGAACUCAGAGGAGGAGAGCCCGCUGAGUCCAGUGGGAGAGCCCAUGGGCAUGGCCAGAGCCUCAGCCGGCCCUCUACCACCCAUCUCAGCUGACUCCAGAGACCAGUUUGGCUCUAGCCACUCCCUGCCGGAGGUCCAGCAGCACAUGAGGGAGGAGUCCAGGGCUACACUGGGACAUAGUGGGGUCUACGACAGAGACAUAACCUUUAUCAUGGACGACCUGGGAGGAGCCAUGUCUGACAGCGAAGCGUACCACCUGAGGAGGGAGGACACUGACUGGUUUGAUAAGCCUGCAGAGAGACAACAUCAGGAAAAUGGACAGCCUCUGGACAGGAGACAGAUUAAGCUGAUUCCCUAUGUGUUCCCUCACACCCGGCUCAAACUACAGAGGGACCCCAAGGACACCAGUGUCUCAGGGAAUGGCCUGGGGAUCCGUGUGGUGGGAGGAAAGGAGAUUCCUGGUUGUCAUGGUGAGAUAGGAGCCUACAUCGCUAAGGUUACACCCGGAGGAGUGGCCGAACAGACAGGGAAAGUGGUGGAAGGAAUGCAGGUGUUGGAGUUGAACGGGGUUCCUCUGAUGGGGAAGACUUACGAGGAGGUGCAGUGCAUUAUGGGUCAGCCGUCUGCAGAGACUGAGCUCUGUGUGAGACUUGACCUGAACAUGCUGUCUGACCCUGAGCAUCCCCAGGCCCUGGAGAACCAUGACCAGCUGAAGCCUGGUGACAGACAGUGUUCUCCAGGAGUGGACCCUAAGCAGCUGGCUGCAGAGCUGCAGAAGUUUUCCCAACAGCAGGCCCCUGGGAUGGGGGUAGGAAUGGGGGUGGGGGGGCCAGGAGGAGUAGGGGUCCUCUCUGCCCUUGACCGCUCAGCUCUGUUACACUCAGGCAAUGCAUCGGCUAGCUCUAGUGCCGUCCCCAGCCCCGGUCAGCCUGCCUCCCCAGCCAUCAACAAGAAACAACGCCACAGUGCCAAGUCGGCAGCGGAUGUGCAGGUGCUAAAGUCUCAGCCUCACCCUAUAACAGGAGAAAUACAGCUCCAGAUCAACUAUGACAGGAACCUGGGGAACCUGAUAGUGCAUGUGCUCCAGGCCAGGAACCUGGCUCAGAGAGACCCCAACAGAUACUCUGACCCCUUUGUCAAGGUUUACCUCCUACCAGGGAGAGGACAAGUCAUGGUAGUCCAGAACGCAAGUGGUGAGAACAAGAGGAGGACCAAGUAUGUCCAGAGGAGUCUGAACCCAGAGUGGAACCAGACCGUCAUCUACAAGAACAUACACCUGGAACAGCUGAAGAAGAAGACUCUGGAGGUGACAGUGUGGGAUUAUGACAAAUCUUCCUCCAAUGACUUCCUGGGAGAAGUGUUGAUAGAUCUGUCUAACACAACUCAGCUGGACAACACUCCUCGCUGGCUGCCUCUGAAGGAGCAGAGUGAGAGCAUUGAACAUAGCAGAUCACAUCACACCGCCCAGGGGCCUGGGGGGCCAGGAGCAGGGGCAGGGCCGGGACAGGGGCCCAUAGCGGGGCAAGGACCAAGCAAGGACAUGGGGCCAGGAUUAGGACAAGGACAAGGCCUAAUGCAUGGACAGGGACAGGGGCAGGGGCAGAUGGAGGAGUGCCUUGAGUCCCCCAAGAAUUCUGUGAUAAAGAGCAGAAGCCACGGGAUCUUCCCUGACCCAACAAAAGACAUGCAGAUGGUGACUCUAGAGAAGUCCCACAGUAGUCCCGGCAGCUCUAAGUCAUCAUCAGACGGCCAGCUUCGUUCCCACGGUCCAUCCCGCAGCCAGAGCAAGAGCAGUGUUACGCAGGCCCACCUGGAGGAUGCUGGAAUAGCUAUAGCUGCCGCAGAGGCCGCUGUGCAACAAGCCCGCCUCCAACCGAGACCAGGCCACAAGUUGGGGGAUGUGUCUGGGCCGGUGGUGUCCUCAGCCCCCAAUCUGCUGGAGGGGUAUGGGGGUCUGGAUGGAGAAGAGGGGGCUGGCACAGGGGUCGAUAGCGCCAUUUUCCAGGUCCCACACAUAGGGAAGACCAUCCCCAACGGCAUUGACAAGUCUAGAGGACUGCCACUCUCGCUAUCAGACAAUGAGGGGGGUGGGGGUAAGACCCAGAUGAUGGGGGAGAUCAAGGUGGCCUUGAAGAAGGAGGUGAAACAAGAGGGAGACCAGCUGGUCCUGGAGGUUCUACAGUGUAGAAACAUCACUUACAAGUUCAAGAGCCCAGACCACCUACCAGAUCUCUAUGUGAAGCUGUACGUUGUUAAUGUGGCGACUCAGAAGAGGAUCAUCAAGAAGAAGACAAGAGUGUGUCGACAUGACAGAGAACCCUCCUUCAACGAGACCUUUAGGUUCAGCCUCAACCCCACCGGACACUCCCUGCAGUUGUUCCUGGUGUCUAACGGGGGUAAGUUUAUGAAGAAGACCCUGAUAGGAGAGGCCUACAUCUGGCUGGACAAGGUGGACAUGAGGAAGAGGGUGGUCAGCUGGCACAAGCUGCUGGUCAAUUCCACACACAACCAGUCCUGAGAGUUCAACUUGAGGUCACAGAGAGGUCAACCAGAUGUCAGUGAAGGUCAAUGAAUAGUAUUGGUCAGUGGUUGCUCGUAGAGGAGGACGAAAAAGAGGAAAAGGGAAAUGAGUUGCGUUACAGAGUGCCCUUCAUCUCCUUUGUGUUAUUGUAUGAAUGAAUGAAUGAAUGAAUGAAUGAAAGAAAGAAAGAAAGAAAGGAAGGAAGGAAGGAAGGAAGGAAGGAAGGAAGGAAGGAAGGAAGGAAGGAAGGAAGGAAGAGGGCCUAUCCCCUCACACUGCCAUACAUGGACUGUACCCUGAUUCUUUAUUGGAUAGUAACAGCCAGAGACUCAAACCUGAUUUCUGAAUGGACCAAAUAUUCAGACUGUACCCCGGAGGCUGCCAGCACACACACACACACACACACACACACACACACACACACACACACACACACACACACACACACACACACACACACACACACA